AGAACUUUCACCUUUUCACUUAAAGGCAGCUUCUCUUUGGCAUAUCUGAAUUGCCAGCAUCACUACUCUUGUACUUUGUGGCCGUUUAUUAAGUAAACUGAAUGUUACUUGAACACAAGCACUGUGAUAGGGUGAUACUAAGACAGUUGAUCUGAUAGCUGAGAUGGCUACUAAGUGACUCAUGGGUUGGGAGUGUAGAAGUGUGGAUAUUCAUGUCCAGGGCAAGACGAAACAGGACAGUGGGAGAUUUCAUCACACUACUCUGAAUGGUGUGCAAUUUUGAAUUUAUGAAUUAGUUAUUUCUGGAAUUUCCAUGUAAUAUUUUCAAACCACAGCUGACCAUGGGUAACUGAAACCAUGGUAAUGGAAACUUUGGAUAAGAAGGAUUACUGUGGGGAGUGGGAGGGGAAGCUGGUUCGAAGAGAAGGCAGUAGGUGGGGGAGAAGAUGCAAAUGAGAUGAGAAUGUAGGUCCAGAGAUGUUUCCAGUAUCCUCCACUUUAGGAUCAAAGGACAGGUUACUUGCAGGCACACUGUAUCUUAUUCAGGAAAAUACAAAGAGUUACUUGAAAAGGAGCAGUGACCAUCAAUUAGCAAUGACCAUCAUUAGAAACUGGUUUGAGACUAAACACAGGGCUAGUGGGUUUCCAAAUCCUCCCCGACCCCUUGCAAUUAAGCAUAUUGAACAUACUGGAGAUGCUAAAGAGUUAUGACUCUCUUCUCAUAAACACUCAGGCCCUCAAGUCCCAGCAUCAGAGUUCCACAGUAGUAUUUCCUUUUGAAUUCUGUGAUACCAACCAAUAGGGAAGAAACAGAACACACAAAAUUAAGAAGAAAAACAUUCCUUGUGUUUCAAAUCACCUGUUUCAUUCAUUAUUAUAUCUCUUAUGCACUACCUGGCUUCUAUAAGGAAAUACCAAUGGCUUUUCUGCAGUAGACUAGCUGGUGGUUGAUGACUACCUUAUGUCAAGAUGUAGAGAAUGAUGACAGUAGGCUGCAGGUAGUGAAUAAGCACACGGUACCACUCACAUUUGACUCUGUACUGAUCACCUCAAGGGUACUUUGGAGAUUCACAGGAUACAAGUAGAUGACACAAUACAUAAACUUUUAAUGUGAACUCACUCAUAACUCAGGCCCCUUUAACUUGUUUGACCCUGUGCCUGGAAUGCUCUUCCUCCAAAACUUCCCAUGGCUGUCUCUUUCUUAUUAUUCAGCUCAAAUGUCACAUUCACAGAGAUGCCUUCCCCAGGCACUCUAUAUAAAGUAGUAUUCCACACUCAGUCCCUCUAUCACAUCUUAUAAUUUUAUUUUCUUUGUGGCAUUUAUCACCACCUGAAAUAGGCUUACUUAUCUUUAUACUGUAUUUGUUUCCCUCGCAAGACUAUAAGCUCCUAGUAGGCAGUGAUUAUUUUUUAACAUGCAGCCUGGAAUAUAGUAGUAGGCCCUGAAUAAAUAGUGGUUGAAUGCUUGCGUGAGCAACAGAUAUUUAUCAAAUGCCUGUAAUAUGCCAGCUCUGUUCUAGGCAGUGGGGGUGUAGCAAUGAACCAAGCAGACAAAAACUGCUGAAUUCUUGGAGUUUAUAUUCUAAUGUAGGAAACCAGUCAACAAAUAAGGCAGGGAAGAGGAAGCUGCAGUGAGGCUGUGCUGCAUUAAGAAGUGGAAUCAAGGAAAGGUCUUGCUGGGUAGACCUGAAGAAGGUGAGAAGGGAGGGACCUGAACAAGGUGAGGAACACGGGAGGGAGGAGAAAUGAGACUUUUACAAGGAUGUGCAAAGGCCCUGAGAAAACAAGAAAGGGGCUAUGUGGCUAAAGCCAGCCAGCUCCUGGGGGCAGGGCAGGAGAUGGGUCAGAGAGGUGCUGGUGGGACAACUCCAAACAUGUAGAGUCUUGCAAGCCACUGAGAAGACUUUGGAUUUUGCUCUUUCUGAGACAGGAAGCCAUUGGCGGGCUCUGAGCAGAGUGACAUACCAGCCUCAGAUUAUAAGCAGGGUCCCUGUUUUUGUUCUGGUGAUAAAAGACUGUAGGAGCAGAAGUAGAAGCAGUUAGGAGACCAGUGCAAUAAUCCAGGCAAGAGAUGAUGGUGGCUUGGUCCAGGGUGAUGAUAGGGAGAUGGUGAAAUACGUUAAUAGUCUAGAAAGAUUUUUAACACAGAGCUGGCAGGAUUUGCUGAUGCAAUGAGCAAUGGUAAUUAUACAAAAAUAUGUGUAGAACUGGUGCAAAGAAGACUUUUCUUGGAUUUGUAGAAAAGAGACUGGUUUUGUCAGGUCUGUGACCCUAAUAUAACGCCUAGUAGCACAACCACCUCGAAAUCCUGCACUGGGACUUGGAAGUUUUGUGUCAUCUAUUAUUUAUCCCAAAGAACAGAACAACAACAAAAAAGAGUGGUAAAAUACAUUCAGUAUCAAAAUCUGUACUUGCAAUUAAGAGAACUGGUUUGGGGGUUGAUCUCAUUUCAGCACGCUGACAUGAGCGUGGUAAUUGUUCGGCAGAUAUAAACAUUUCAAAAUGAAAAUGACAUUUAUCUGUGAGGAGACUGUGAAGCUCACUGGGUAGUUACACAGAAGGAUAAAUAUUAUCAAGAACAAAGAUCUUGCCUGAUUUAUACUGAUGUGCAGUCUAUACUUCAAACUGAUGUGAUAACUGCGCAGACCCCUGACCCUUUGCUUAUUGGGCUACACUGAAAGCGCUUUGGAGAUUAUUUGCCUUUGCAUUUCUGGUGCCCUGCAAAUAGCAGGUACACAAGAAACAUUCACUGACCCAAUCAUUUCUUGACACCCUCCUCUGCACUCUUCUCUUUUUGCAGCAUUUAGGAGCUCUUACUUAUUUUUAUACCCAAAUCAGUGAUCAGAUAAUCACUCAUAAAUAUGACAUUUCAGAACGUGCUGGGAGCAGUGCAGACCGUGUGUAGGGAGCCAUCCAAGGCCCCACCCACCUGGGAAGCCAGGGAAAGCUUCCAGGGGGAGGAGGCGGUUCUGUGGGCUGCAGUCCGGGGCGGGGGUUGGGAAAGCAAACGUGCAGGCAGCAGGAGUUGAGAGAUGGGAUCCAGACAAGGGCCUUCAGAUAUAUAAAUAUCCCUUUCUGAGACUGACGGGAACUUGGAGAGGGCCGAAGAGUGACCGAGGCAUGCGGGAGAGAAGGGGCGCCUGGACUUUUGGGAGGAUAAACACGCAGGGGCCAAAGGUGGCUUUAAAAAUUACGUUAGAUAUGCAACUGUUGUGAGUUUAAGGGCGCGAUGCAACGAAGGCUGAAUGGGACCCGGAGACGGAACGUUCCAGAGUCUUACCCCUUCACUUCAGUCUGGCCUCGAAGGCCCUGCGGGAAGAGGGCAUUGCAAUUAAGAGCAGAUUUGGAGCUUGAUCUUAUUUUGUCUCUGCAGCCAGAAAAUAAACUAUCGUAAAGCAUCCUACUGCGGGACACUGAGGUUUGCUUUUUGUUUCUAGGUUUAUUUAUUUAUUUAUUUUCCAGGCUGGCUGCAAGGCAACUUGAACAAAAUCUGGCUGCGCUCGGACUGGGGCGGCUCUUUCGUCUCUCCAGGUUUUUCGCGUCUCUCUACUUUCAGUGACACGACAACCGACGAUGUCAGGCCGCAGCUGCACUGCUGGAAGCGGCCAGUUCCGCAGGCGGGAGGGCCGGAGGCGGCCACGCAUUUCCACUCCCGGGGCGGGAGGCUUCCGAAAGUUCACAUCCUCCUUUCAGAGUCCCUGGGUGCGGGCUGCGGCGAGAGGGAAGGGGGCGCGGUGACUGUCUCUCCAAGGAGCUGUCUUCCGAAGCCGCCAAGUCUCGGGCGGGUCCUCUUUGGAAGAGGGAGAAAGUUGGGCGGGACCACGGGGCGGGGCUGGUGGGUGGCGGGGGACGGGUGGGAGUCCGGGCGCCCCCAGCGCUCGCGAGCCGGGGUGGAGCCAGCAGCCCCGCGUGGCGUCCGCGUUUAAGAUGCAAAUCAAGUCCCCGCUCCCCGCCUCCACCCGCCCGGUAAGCGAGGCUCCGCCGCCGCCCACGCCUCCUGCGCGCCACGGCACCAGAGCAGGCGGCUCUACUUAAGCAGCGCGCGGGCCGCGACCCGGCACUCGCCUGGAGCGCGCGGGCAAGGCGGGCGGAGCGCACUGGAACUCACGCGGGCGCACAGCGGCGCGAUCGCACCGCUCGGCUCCGCGCGGCUCUAGGAGGUGGCGGCGGCGGCGGAGCGCAGGGCUGAGCGAGCGUCCGGGCUCCAGGGCUCCGGGGAAGGCGGCUGCAGCUCCUGAGUGCAGCGCGGCUCCCUGCCACUGUCCCGGCCCGGCCACCUCUCUGUCAUGGCUCUGGCGGACAGCACACGUGGAUUACCCAACGGGGGCGGCGGCGGGGGCGGCAGCGGCUCCUCGUCGUCCUCCGCGGAGCCGCCGCUCUUCCCCGACAUCGUGGAGCUGAACGUGGGGGGCCAGGUGUACGUGACCCGGCGCUGCACGGUGGUGUCGGUGCCCGACUCGCUGCUCUGGCGCAUGUUCACGCAGCAGCAGCCGCAGGAGCUGGCCCGGGACAGCAAAGGACGUUUCUUUCUGGACCGGGACGGCUUCCUCUUCCGCUACAUCCUGGAUUACCUGCGGGACUUGCAGCUCGUGCUGCCCGACUACUUCCCCGAGCGCAGCCGGCUACAGCGCGAGGCCGAGUACUUCGAGCUGCCAGAGCUCGUACGCCGCCUCGGGGCGCCCCAGCAGCCCGGCCCGGGGCCGCCGCCCUCGCGGCGCGGGGUGCACAAGGAGGGCUCGCUGGGUGACGAGCUGCUGCCGCUUGGCUACGCGGAGCCGGAACAGCAGGAGGGCGCCUCUGCCGGGGCGCCGUCGCCCACGCUGGAGCUGGCUAGCCGCAGUCCGUCCGGGGGCGCGGCGGGCCCGCUGCUCACGCCGUCCCAGUCGCUGGACGGCAGCCGACGCUCGGGCUACAUCACCAUCGGCUACCGCGGCUCCUACACCAUCGGGCGGGACGCGCAGGCGGACGCCAAGUUCCGGCGAGUGGCACGCAUCACCGUUUGCGGAAAGACGUCGCUGGCCAAGGAGGUGUUUGGGGACACCCUGAACGAAAGCCGGGACCCGGACCGUCCCCCGGAGCGCUACACCUCGCGCUAUUACCUCAAGUUCAACUUCCUGGAGCAGGCCUUCGACAAGCUGUCCGAGUCGGGCUUCCACAUGGUGGCGUGCAGCUCCACUGGCACCUGCGCCUUUGCCAGCAGCACCGACCAGAGCGAGGACAAGAUCUGGACCAGCUACACCGAGUACGUCUUCUGCAGGGAGUGAGCUCCCCAGACCCCCUCGCCACUCCAGCGCCCACUCCUUUUCCUGCCCGAGAGAUGAUUACAGAGCCUCUUGUCCCCCCCUUUGUCCCCUGGCUGCUGCCCUCCCAUUCUCCCCCUCCAGUAGUAGCUGGGUGAGACCUGUCCGCCCACCUUCCCUCCACUACAGAACCUGCAGCCGCAAAUCCUCUGGGCUGCUUCGUCUUCUUUGGACCUCCUGAACCGAGAGAACCCAGAGGAACCCCCACCCCACCCCCACCUACCACUCCAUGCUUUCUCUACUUCCUGCCUCAAACCACCCCUCCCCCAGAUAGUACUUCAGUUUGGAUCUAUUGGGGGAGUGUGGCCACAGACCUGGGGAUGAUUGAAUUGUUCAGAACCUGAUUGGACCGUGUCCAAUGUGCGGAAGAUUUCCUUGAAAUCUUCUCAAGCUCUUAUGACUCACUGGGGGUUUAAGAGAUAAGGAUUGGUUCCAUUGUCUGGGGUUAGUGUUUUACAAGGUCAUUACACAGUCUUUUUGACCUCUUUUGAAGGUAGAGUUUUAGAAGGCUGGAUGGAAGAUUCUGAGCCUGGAAUUAGGACCCCAUGGAGGCAGUUCAGUAACUAAACUAAUAAAGUUUUGAAAAGUCACACGUAAAGUAGAAGAAUCUAGUGCGUGGGACAGUAAAGGAUCCUUUCUCGUACACAAUAAAAGGUCUCAGCCUGUAGCUUAAACUUAUAGAAAGUGAUCCUCCUGCCUGCAGAGGCGCCCUUUUCAGCUGCUGCUCGCCAGAAGCCCUUGAUUCCACUGGUUGACAUGGCAGCAGUUACUGGCAAGAGGGAGAAAGGACGCUGCCGCCUAAGAGUGCAAGGCUGCUCAGGUGUCCAAGCGCCGUAGGAGGUCACGUGGCAGUGACUGUAGGGAGCUGGGUCAUAGUGCACGUCGUGGGUAUUAGGAAAGCCUGUAUUCUUUCAAUGAAUGUCAGUAGGACCUUCCUUUAGCUGUAAGACUUGGUGGGCGGGGUGGGGUGGGGAGGGAAGAAAGGGUAGGAAGGGUGGGAAGGGAGAAGCAGACAUAGUCAUUUAUGAUUUGAAAGUUGGAAAUUUGUACCAUCUGUUUGAGUACAUGCACAUUUAAAAAAUAUCAUAUAGUAAAUGCAAACAUGCCAAGCAUUUUAUAAAGAUUAAUAACAGACCUACUCUUAACUGGCAGUUCACUGAACUUACUGUUUUGAGUUCUAAACUUAGAGUUGUUAAUGCUUAUAUAUAAUCUAACCAAAGAGUUACCCAGUAGGGUUUUAGUUUUUGAACUUUUAUUUUCUUGUUGAUUAUAAAUCCUGAUUUUAAAAUCUAUUGUGCAAAAGAAGUUUCAUUUUGGUUACUUAGACCUAAGAUCACUUAUUAAAAAUCCUUAUUUUCUCCAAGCCCAGCAAACGUUGACUUCUGGGCAAACCUGAAAACCUGAAAAUGCCACUUUCAUGCAGUUUGUUUGAAGUUAAGUGAAAUCCUUUCAAAUGACAGAGCUGCAGAGAACUCAGCACCUAGGGCUGCCUAUCUGUAGAUAGCUGUAAGAUGGAAUAUUUUUAAAUGAAGGCAAAUAAGUACUUAAAAGUGAGCUGAGCAAUAAAAUGGUCCAAUAAUAGGUAAAUGCAACAGAAACAGAAGGAGACCUGGUUGCCUUAUGCCUUUACUCUUACAUGGAAUAAAUUCCCAAUGCAUAUCCUAUGUACACCAUAAGGGAAAUAAACCUCGUCAUGCUCCAUGCUGUGAGGUGUCCUUUGGAUAUCCUGUGAUGACAGAGAAGCCUAUUUUGUUUUGUUUUCAGCAUCUUUCUCUGAUGUACGUUUUUAAGGAUUUUGUAAGAGCUGUUUUCAGUGUUUAAAUUAGUGCUAUUUUUCCUUGUUUUUAAAAAUGAAUCUCGUACUGUAUCUUACUAUGUCCAUACAGAUGUUACAAAUUGACAGUUUUAUUCUUAGACUCAUGUGAUCCAAGCUGUAUAUACCAUAUAUAAACAUUUUACACGAAUCAUUUAGUUUUUUAAUUCAUUUACUAAUGCUAUAAAAUUUCCUAUAUUACCCCAGUAAUUUGCAUCAGCUGGUGUAUAUACUAAAGCAACAUGUUUUGAUGAGUUUCUUACAUCCUUAUCGAGGAAUUGGGUUAGGAAAAAAUACAUAAUUGUAAAACUGAGUUUGCUCUAUUAUACUUUUUUUCUUGAGUAUUAGUUGUAUUACUAAUCAUAUGUUGAUUAACUGUCUACUUAAAAUCAAGGUACCUGUAUUUUUAAUCCACUAAUUUUUUUUUUUAGUUGGGAAAUAGAUUUCAAGUCUUUUAUUAGACUAACAUUUUUUGAGAAGUAAAAUGGACUUUAUAUACAAAGCCUGUAAUUUUAGGCGAAAUGGAAGCAGAAAUCUAGGAAGUUGUGCUUGCUUAUAUGUUGAGUUUGGUCUCAGACUACAUACUGCAUCAGAAUUUAUCUGUUUGAAGCCUGAAAUAAUUUAGGACUGUGAUUCACUGACCAAAAGUCAGUGUUGCAGAGAUUUCUCUACUCCGUAUGGUAUUUUGUUAGAUUGUUCAACAGGAAGCACAUGAUUGAGAACAUCUUGGGACAGAUCAAAACCACUGACAGAUGGCAAGGCUCGGCGAUUCUGAUUUCCCUUCUCAAAUCUGCUCAACUCCAAGAGUCUUGAGAAACUGCUAAAAUUUUGCCUCUGUCACUCAAGUCUUACAAAUAUUAUCUUGUAAACCUUUGAGUUGAACUAUUCCACUGUCUUGUACAUAGGCAUCUUAUUCACUCCACCCUGUCACACCUAGCACCCCCCGCCACUCACAUUAUUUGAAAGACUGGGAAUUUAAUGGUUAGGGACAGUAAAUCUACUUCUUUUUCCAGGGAUGACUGUCCCCUCUCAAGUUAAAGUCAGUACAAGAAAACUGUCUAUUUUUAGCCUAAAGUAAAGGCUGUGAAGAAAAUUCAUUUCACAUUCGGUAGACAGUAAAAAACAAGUAAAAUAACUUGACAUGAGCACCUUUAGAUCCCUUCCCCUCCAUGGGCUUUGGGCCACAGAAUGAACCUUUGAGGCCUGUAAAGUGGAUUGUAAUUUCCUAUAAGCUGUAAUAGUGGAGGUAUUGUGGGUUCAUUUGAGUAUGCCCUCCAAAGAUACCAUUCAAAUAACCUGGGAAAAUGUCAUAAAUUAUUCAGAUAAUUAUCACUGCAUGAAUCUGACUCAGAGGCAUGCAUUUACAUAUGUUGCCCUAAUUACCAUUUGAUGAUCAUAAAUACAAGUGAAUGACAUUAGACUUUUAGUAACAAACUUAAUUUUUAAAAAGGAGUAGACAAUGCUGGUUAAAAAAAAAAACAGGUACCAGGUUCUGUGUGUUUGCACCAAGUAAUUGACAUGUUUUUUGUUUAAUACAUGUGGACCAUGAACAGUAUUCAUUGUAAUUUUUCAAAUGAUAUGCUGUAGAAAAUAUUCCUUGAAGAUGUGAGAUUUAAAAAUGUUUCCCUUUCGAUGUUGUUUUAAUUGUAUUUCUUACUUGGUUUUUUUGAUUGAUAGCACAGUGAUAAAUCAUAAUACUAGAUAAAAUUGUCUUCUCUUUCAAACCAGAGCCAUAUAUGUGUCUGUAUAUAUGGGACCUACUGCUUCUCUGAGGAAAUGCAUAAUCUGUUAAUACUCAGACAAAAUGAGCAAUUGGCAGUGCUCAUAAUAUAUUCCAAUUUUUAUUGGCAUUUUUGAUGGAAUGUUAUUUCAAUAAAGCCAUGUAAGGUGAAACUUUGAUAACUUUUUACUGUUCCAGUUAGGGUAAAUUCUGAUCCAAUAUUCAAAUCAUUUGUGUACUCCUACAUGCAAAAUGCUAAAUUACAAUGCAGACAUUAAGAAAAAGUAUUGACUGGAGGGGUUGAAUUCCUUGAGAAUUUAUUUUAUAGUCUAAAUCACAAAUACUUUACUCAAUUUAGUUUUUAAAAUAGUAAACUGAAUAUUUUUGUUGUAAGCCUAUCAGAGUCAAUCCUUUGGAAUUGUUUUCCUGUUUUUCCUUACUAUAAAUCAUUUAAAAACUGAAUUCAUUUUCUUAGAUGGCCUAAGUCUGUCUCUUGAGAAAUAAGUAAAAUACUCCUAUUUUCAGUAUCUGUAGCACCUGAAAUAGGUCUUUGUAUAGCCAGAAACAAGUUAUGUUGAAGUUAGCUUUUCUUUGUCAACAGUUUUGAACAAUAAAAAUCUAAAAGUAUUAACACUUGAUUUUCUACUGGGGCCCUUGAAACUUGGAUGGAAGAAAUUCAACCAGAAUAUCUACAUUAGAGUAUAAUCAUGUGUGGUAGGAAGAUGGACUAGUUAAUCAAGAUUUGUUGUCACUUAAAUUUUUUGUGAUUUUUUUUCCAAGCCAGUUUUUUAAAAUUCUAAAUGUGUUUUGAGGUAUGGGUACAUUAAUUGUAAUGUAAACUAUUAUACAACUGUUUUUGCGACUUUAUAGGCAGGUAAAUUUUGCUAUUACUAUUGAAUACAAAUGACAAUUCAUUUAUGACCACUCAAACAGCGUUAGUAACCAUUUAGUGACAAAGGAUUAAAACAUCCAUCUAGAUGUUAAUUUUGAAGUGUAAAUUAUAUGUUGUUUAAAUUUUUCCAGGCAUCUGAAAACCUUAUCUGCUAGACAAUGUAAGAUUCACACAGAGUUAUCUGGGAUUCUGAUUUUUUAAGUAGUACAGAUCAUUAAACCAUUUUCUCUAAAUGUAAGAAGAGAAGAAAAAAUCUUAUAAGAUUAUCAGAUUUUUCUAAUGACACAGAAAUGUAAGAAAAAAAUCCCUUUAUAUUGAAAAAAGAUGCAGUCGAAGUCUUUUCAGACAUGCCCAAACUUUGAGAAUUUCUUCAACCAUCUAAUGCUAUGAAGAUUUUUGUUCUUCCUGUUCACAACCAGUUGUAUAACAGAAAUACUAGCUACUGUUUUCCUUCCUGUGUGUGAAGUAAUGAAUCAUUGAUUAUGUGACUUGUUAUGUAUUCAAUUAAACACUAAAGAAUAAAACAUUCACUCCUUUAA